AUGGCUGUUGUUCGUUUGGAUCAAAUAAAUGAUCAUUAUUACAAGCUUUUCAAUCUUAAUGUUCCGAAGGAUUUGGUGAAUAACAUCAAGAAGGCAAUCGUUUCUCAAGAUUUAGUUUGGAUCAUUGAUAAUGACGGAAAAUUGUACGAGUGCAAAUUUUCUGGUACCAUGUCACCUUGUUAUUGCAAGUUGUUUGAUACUAGGGAAAUUAAUGAGCCAAUUUUAGAUAUUGUUGGAAAUGACAAUCAUUUAUUUCUCACCACCAAAUCACAAAUGUAUGGAUUGGGGGGAAAUGGAUUUGGACAAUUAGGAUUAGGUAGUACAAAAUUUAAAGAGUCUACUUGUCAACCAAUAACCUUUUUCGAUAGAAUUAAUGUAAAUAGUAGCAAAUAUAAGGAUAGAGUUGUGAAGAUUGCUUGUGGAGAGGCAUUUACUUUAUUCUUGACAAAUACUAAUAAGGUUUACAGUUGUGGAAGUAAUUAUUAUGGACAACAGACAUUCCCUAUGGAAUCAGCUUUUCUUCCAACUCCUCAAAGAAUUACUGAAAUUUUCAAAGAAAAUCAAAAAGUUGUUAACAUUCAUUGUGGCCAAACAUAUUCUUUAUUUGAGUUGGAUGAUGGAUCAUUUCUUUGCUAUGGAAGAUUGGGUAGUUUUUUGGUGAAAGAUCCUAAAAUUGUUCCAAAAUUGCAAGAAUUUGACAGAAUUGAUGUGGUGAUUAAGACAAUCUCUAAAGCAAAUCAAGACAAUUUUUUUGUUGUCCAUUCUGUCAAGGAAGGUUCAUUUCAAUGUGUGGAGAAAAACUCUCAAGAAAUUAUUUUGAACUGUAACGAGCAACACUUUAAAUUAUUUCACAUUCAAUAUAAAGCUACCAAUUCAGUUAAAGUCUACCAAGGUGAUAAAUUAAUCAGAACAAUAACUAUUAAUUCAGAUCCAAGUAGAUUGAGGGUUUGUUUUACUUCUGGCGAAAACAUUCUCAUUUAUAUGAGCAACAGCACUUCACAACGUAAAAAAACAAUUCAUGAAUUGAUUUUGGGAAAAUCUAAAGAGUUCAAACUACCUUCUGAUACAAUUAAUGUUGGAUCCUCACCUGUUUAUGCAUUCCUUCCAUUCAUUCAAAUUAGAAAUCCUCAAUUUUAUGAUUUACUUAGAACAGGUGAUUUAUUCACUUCGGAUAGAUCGCCAACCAUUAUUCAAGAUUUGAUUGAUUACUGUUUUUCACAAGACUGUUCAUUCUUGAGAAGUUACACAUCACCAAUGGUUGCUGAGUUAAUAUACUUAUUAGAGAAAAUGGGUGUUAUCUACAAUGAAUUCACUGCUCCAUUAAUUUUUCAAUCAUCAGUACAAAUUUCAGCUAGUGAAGAUUUUGCUCCAAAUGCUGAUGCAUACGUUGUGAAGCUAAAACAAGAGGGAAUUACCCCAAAGCUAUUUGGUAAUUCUCAAUUUUUCAAUAAUCAAACGCCAGCUUAUCUACCACCAAUUGGUUCAGUUUUGGGUAAACUUUUUAACUCUGAAUCAUCAGCAGAUACUUCUAUAGUCAUUGACCAGUUUGGAUUGGAAAAAGUCAAAUGCCACAGAAGUGUAUUGAUUGCACAAAGCACCUUUUUUGAGGCGUUCUAUACUGGACAUUUUGCUUCAAAUGAAAUCAAUCUCUUCAAUGACGAAGAUACAGGAGAAUUGGAUAUCAACACUGAGGAUAUGAGCGAAGAGGAGAGACAAAUGCUGAUAGACCCUGAAUCUCAAAUCAAAACCAGAGCAUUGAGAAAUAUUUUAAUGAUGUUUUAUGAAAUUGAGCCAACUGUUGAGUAUGAAUUGGUAAUUCCAAUGCUAGACAUGGCUCACAAAUUAGAUUCUGAGAAUUUGGUUAUGAAAUGCUUGAAUAUGUUUGAAAAUAAUUUGGAUGAUGAAAGCUAUCAAGUUGUUAAUCAGUGGCUGGGAGGUCUUGAACAAAAGACCGAUAUUCAAAAUAUGAUUUUGAAGACUGCAGAUACUUGGGCAAGUCAAGUAUCUCAAAAAAUAAUACUAUUCGAAAAUUAUGAAUUGGAAGAAGAAUUUGGUAAAUAUAUUAGAAAACUUAAUAAUUUCGAAAUUUGCCAAGAAUUCAUUCCAAAUUUUACAACUCACUAUGUUGCAACUAAGCUUGACAAGAAGGAUUACAAUUUCCUAUGUGCAGUAGCUGGUAAUUGUAGUAUUGUUAAACCUGAAUAUUUAAGAAAAUGUUCAACUUCUCUUAAAGGUAAACAUGGAUAA